GGUGUUUUUAAGUUGAACGGCAACUUCCGGCAUAAGACUAGAUAGCUAAAGGUGACAGUACCUGUGUGUGCUUCUGAAAUAUUUGACACUUGUUUUAGGUUUUAGACAGAAACUACACAGUGUGGACUUUUAUAGCGACCGACAAGGUACAAUUCUGUCCAAUCUUGACCCCAAAACAGGUGUUUUUUUUGACCAGGUCGCUGUCGUUAGCGGCUAGCUAACCGGCUAGCUUGCUCAGCUGACGCUUGUCACUUGGAGACAGACAUCCAGAAGCUGGACGCCUGGUAUCGGGCGUUUACCCUGUGAAAUUUCACCAAUUUGGACCAGGAACAUCUCUGUUGGGGCUGUAGAGGAGACGAGCCCCUUUUCAUGUGAUCACUGUGGCUUGUUUCGAGAUUUUAAUGGGAGGCCGCUUCCUUUGGAGGAGUGGACAUUACGGGCGUCAGCUGCGAAGGAAGCGGAUCCUGGCUGCCUGUCGGGCUCAGAUGGAGUCUCUGGCCGGCUACGUGUACAAGGCAGCCAGUGAGGGCCGAGUCCUGACCCUGGCCGCAUUGCUGCUCAACCACUCCGAGGCGGAGACCCAGUUCUUGCUGGGCUAUGUCACCCACCUCGCCGGCCAGAGGUCCACUCCCCUGAUCAUCGCGGCGCGGAAUGGACACGAUAAAGUGGUCCGUCUGCUCUUGGACCACUACAGAGUGGACACUGAACAGACCGGCACGGUUCGGUUUGAUGGCUAUGUCAUUGACGGGGCCACAGCGCUGUGGUGUGCUGCUGGAGCGGGCCACUUUGAAGUGGUGCGCCUGCUGGUUAGUCACCAUGCUAACGUUAACCACACCACCAUCACCAACUCCACUCCCUUGCGGGCUGCCUGCUUCGAUGGACGUUUGGACAUUGUCCGCUACCUGGUGGAACACAAUGCAGACAUCAGCAUCACGAACAAGUUUAACAACACCUGCCUGAUGAUCGCUGCCUACAAGGGCCACGUGGAUGUAGUAAAAUUUCUUUUGGAGCAGGGGGCAGACCCAAAUGCCAAGGCCCACUGUGGGGCCACUGCCCUGCAUUUUGCAGCUGAGGCUGGUCAUCUAGAAAUUGUAAAAGAGCUAAUGCACUGCCAGGCAGCCAUGGUGAUGAACGGACAUGGCAUGACGCCGCUGAAAGUUGCUGCAGAGAGCUGUAAAGCUGAUGUGGUGGAGCUGCUGCUGGCACACGCUGACUGUGACGCUCACAGCCGCAUUGAGGCCCUGGAGCUGCUGGGUGCCUCUUUCGCCAAUGACAGAGAGAACUAUGACAUACAGAAGACCUAUCAUUACCUACACAUGGCCAUGAUGGAACGCUACCGUGAUCCAGAUAUUGUCAUUGUCAAGGAGUUGAUGUCCCCCGUUGAGGCCUAUGGGGGACGUGGCGAGUGUCAAACACUCCAAGACCUGGAGGCCAUUCGAGUGGACCGAGAUGCUCUGCACAUGGAGGGGCUUAUGAUCCGGGAGCGUAUCCUGGGCUCAGACAAUAUUGACGUGUCACAUCCCAUCAUCUAUCGUGGUGCUGUCUAUGCUGAUAACAUGGAGUUUGAACAGUGCAUCAAACUGUGGCUUCAUGCUCUUUGCCUGCGGCAGAAAGGAAACAGGAACACGCACAAAGACCUGCUGCGCUUUGCUCAGGUGUUCUCCCAGAUGGUCCACCUAAAGGAGCGUGUGUUAGCCUCUUCUGUCGAGCAGGUGUUAUGCUGCAGUGUGCUGGAGAUUCAACGCAGUAUGGCUCGAGUUGAAGUGGCAGGUGAAUCUGAGUUGCCCCAGGCCAUGGACAAUUAUGAGUCAAAUGUUUUUACCUUUCUGUACCUGGCCUGCAUCUCCACCAAGACGACCUGCAGUGACGAGGAGCGCGCCAGUAUCAACAAGCACAUCUACAAUCUAAUCCAGCUGGACCCACGGUCACGAGAGGGCUCUUCGUUGCUACAUCUGGCCAUUAGCUCCAGUACGCCGGUUGACGACUUCCACACCAAUGAUGUUUGUAGCUUCCCCAAUGCCCAAGUCACCAAACUGCUGCUGGACUGCGGUGCGCAGGUCAAUGCGGUUGACCAUGAAGGCAACACCCCCUUGCAUGUCAUUGUCCAGUACAACCGACCUAUCAGUGACUUUCUAACGCUACACGCCAUCAUAAUCAACCUGGUCGAGGCAGGUGCUCACACUGACAUGACCAACAAACAGAAGAAGACACCACUAGAUAAGAGCACCACAGGAGUUUCAGAGAUCCUGUUGAAGACACAGAUGAAGAUGAGCCUUAAGUGCCUGGCAGCGCGCGCCGUCCGACAUCACCAAAUCACCUACCACAACCAGAUUCCAAAGACGUUGGAGGAGUUUGUGGAGUUCCACUGAAACAGACCUCAGACCUGAAGGCUCAACAUGAAUGAAGGACAGACUUCUGUCUUUUUAAAGUAUUUCUAAGCAAUCCAGAUCGUGCGGAGCAUGAUGGUGUGGUACUAAAAGAUUUUGAGCAUUUUUAUAUAAAAUGUGUUUUUGUUUUAAGUUUUAAUUGCAAAGUAACAGCUGCUGUGGAGGGACAAAGGGCAGUCUGUCUGUCCAUCUGUAUCUCUGUGGCUGGUGGGCAGAUAGUCACUGCUGAAGCUCGUUUACUGCAACACAUCAGAGGAAAACAACUGGCCAGCAGCUGUUCUCUGAAGGUCUGGCAGAGGCCUGCAGUAGGUUUUUGCGGUGAGAGGACAGUAAUGACGCUGCCCUACUUGCCUCUUAUUUUGCCUUAUCUCUGUGCCAGGUAACUGUCAUGUAUGCCAUGUUACUGUGAUUCUGCAGUCUGAGAGAAUGAGUGAGCGUGAUGGAGAGAUUAUCAGACAGAGACAGAAUGAGUGCCUGUAGGGGAACCAACAUACAAACCAAACUCACCUGCUUUCCAUGUAUUCAUCCCACAAUUCAGCUAUCACACACAUUAUUUUUUAUAUGAAAAGUUUUUACUGGGUUUAUUUUUACUGUAACAGCAGCAGUGGAGUGUUAAGAGAAGAUGCUGAAAAGACAGAAUUAGGAAACAUAAUCUGACUGUUUGACAUAAUUUAUACUAACAAUCAGAUUCUUGGUUUAAUGUUUGAAGUAAUUUUACUUUGAAAAAUGUACUAGUAAGCUUUUGAGGAAGAUAUAUUUUUCCUCUUGGCCAUUUUCACUGAAAUGACACUAGAUGGCCAAAACUAUGCAGGCACCCCUGUCUCUAUACUUUCAUGCCAGUUCUGUCUGGAUAAAACAUUUUAGAAAGCCAGCAUGCUAACAUAUUUGCUAUUUUUCCACCAAAAUUAAAGGAAGUGAGAAAAGCCUCCUACAUCUUAGACUAAAUAAACAUAUCUAAGCCCAUUGGAUUAUCUGAAAAAAUGUAUGAAACCUGGUGUUUCUAUUUUUUUAGCUCAAGAAAUGUUGUUUAGUUUUCAUAGGACUGCAAUGUUUUUUUCAGUGUGUGGUGCAAUAUGUACCAAAAUCUGAAACCGCAAGAGUGGAGAAUGUUCCAAUAGCCAUACUGGUGCAACAUUCAGAUGUCCACAUACUUUUGGCCAUGUAGUCUGCUUUUUCAAAUAGUUCAAAAUAUAUUGACCAGAUUCCUUCAGAACGACAAGCUAGGACUAAGAUUUAGAUUAAUACUCUGCAGCUGCUAAUUCUUGUUUUUAUUUCGAAACAUGGAUCUGAGGACAUAAGCACAGAAAUCAUGAAGGUCCUUUCCGAGGCAAGUUUAAAAAUGAACCGUAAUCUCUAAAUAGUUAAGGACUAUACUAAGUGAUUUGCAUUUUCUCAUAGUGCAGCUACAGCUUUUGCCAGUUGCCCUUGUUUUUGUCUUCAGUAUGUCUGCAAGCACCUGAGAUUUUAAUAUUCAGUCUGCAUGAUGUCACUAAACAUUAAUUCUCAAAACAUGCUUUGUUGCUUUCCUGGACCUGCUCUGCAGUUGGUUGGUGUUCUGCCUAUUCAAGUCGAUCACAUUUUGGAUUCUGCUUACAGUAUUUUCUAUGUUUUGGAUCAGGGUCUUCCAGUCCCUUUCAUAGUGGAGCUUUUAAAUGUAUUCCUCACACCUUAAUCUAGGUUUUUCCACAGGUCUGUUGAGGGCCAACAUCUAAAAUCUAUGACAACCUUUAGGUUCAACUACUAGUUUUUUUUUUUAAUAUUGAUUUUGUUGAUUAAUUUCUCAAGUAAUUGUUUAGUCUGGAAAAUGACAGAAAAUUGUGAAAAAUGCUUUUUAUAACAUCCUAAAGCCCUACUUACAUUACAUCACAUAAGCCAUAAAAAACGGCACAGUUUCCCGGUUCAGCAAGUCAAGAAAAUGUUUGAUAUGUUUUGCUUGAAAAGUAUCCCAGUAAGUUACAUAUUAGCACUCUGUAAAUCAAUGCAUCUAAUAAUCCAACCGUUUUUGGGUUUUUUUAAAAGCUUUAUGGGUGGCAUUGUUCAGUUCACUGUUUUCAGUUCUUUUGUUUUGAAAAACCUACCAUAAAAACAAAUUGUUAAGGGACGCAAAAGGAUCUUAGUCAGGAGAUGAAAAUAUUCACAUUUAUGUUUGAUAUGAAGUUAGCAGUUGUUCCUCUGAGUUUGCGACCAGUCUGUGAAAUGACGUAAUCUUCUGUUGGGACAAAAAAGGAAUUUUGCAGUUUUUGAAAAUGGACCAUUACAUGUCCAGACCAUAUCAUAUCUGCCUGUUAAAUAGGGAGCUGCAGCCAUUUCAGCUCGUCUUAGUGUAGACUGGAUAGGAGUAAUGUUCAGCCUGGUUCUAUCCUAAGGUUAAACAUACAAGAAGUAUUUUUGGUAAUUAGUGACCUGUUGAGGUGCUAGUAGGGAGAUGUUGUUACUUCUAAACAGAGCCAGGUUAGUUGUUUCCUGUCUUUAUGCUAAGCUAAACUAACCAGCUGAUGUCUACAGCUUGAUAUUUACUGUGCAGAUAUGAGUGGUAUUGAUUGGAAUACUAAGUGGAAGAGGAGGAUUUCACUAUUUUCAUCAUCUGUUCUUCUGUAGAUUAUUUUUAUGUUUAAAUCACAGAUUUUUUUUCUUUUGUCCAACAGUUCAACACUAAAAACAUUCAAUUUUAAAUGAUAUACAAGAAAGCAAAGCAGCAUCUCCCUCUUUGCAGCACUGAUUCUCUGGUUUCUGUUCCUCAUUGUCAACAUUUUCUGCUUUUCUCUGUUUUAUUGUUGUACUUUUUUUUUUUUGGCUGCUGUUAAAAAAAAAGUCCCCUUUUAACUGUUGGAUAUAUUAAUGGAUAUUUCCCACAUUUUUGUACUAUUUAUAGACUAAAAAUGACUUGAGAAAUUUCAUUGCUGUGAAAGAAAAUCUUUAGCUGCAGCCCUUAAGUAAUCCAGUAUGUCGCUGAAAGUUAUAGUUUCACAUUACUGACAGGUUGUUGAUUGUCAAGGUUGUAAUGGAGCGCCUCUACUCUUGAUAGGGGACAUCUGGAUGAGUUUGUUUUAGUUGUUAUCACUGUAUCCACUACAGGUGUUUUUUCUUUUUUUUUUUUUAAAGUGCACCUCGUCACAGUUGGACUGUGUCACUUGACUUCAGCUUUCAAUAAAACCAAGUGUGGGGUCGAAUCAGUAAACUGCAGGAAAUACUAAAUAAGCUGUUUGUCUGUAAAGCUCCAAUCUUUGUAAGCAUGAAUUUAUUUGGUUUGCUUCAGAUGGAAAAUGAAUCUUAAUUUGGCAACUGUUGGCCUAUUGGUCACAUUGUUUUCUUCAGAUACUGGUACUGCUGAAUCAAAUGUUGGGAAUAUCUCAUAAUCCGACAUUGAAAGUUCAGAUGAAAUUGAUUCGUGUCCAUUUUUGUUUAGCGUUUAUUUCCCAGGUUAGAUUUUCUGAAGCCUGUUAACACAGUGUCAUGAUAGAAAUAGACGCAUCCUGUUAACAUUACUCCAGUUCCUUGCUUUUCUUAACCAUGUUAUGGGCGUCACUUGGGGGGUGGGGACUUCUGCUUGAAUGUUUUAAGGUUUGAUGUGAUAAUGUGCCAUUCAGUGCUAAUUUUAUUUUGAACACAUCAGUUUUUAUGUAAUAAUGCAGGAGCAUUUAUGUCCUGAUGGGAAGCUGGGAGCUUUGAGUUUUGAACCAGGUUUCUGUGGCUGAAAAGAAGCCAAGGGUUCUCCAUGUGUCAAGAAACUUUAAAAGAUGUCAGCUGUUAUGUACUGUCUGCAGAAUGAAUGCUGCCAAAUUAAAGGUCUUCUGUCCGCCUUUAAUAUCCUGCUAUUGAUUUGCUCUCCAGAAGUGAAUUUGAACAAACGCUACUAAAGGGAGCAUGUUGACAGCUUUAAAAGAAUCUAAAAUUUUGGUAGACUCUGGUUAAAAGCCUGGCAGCUAAAUUCUGUACCGUGUGGAGUUGAUUAAAAUAUUAACCAAAUUGUUACACUGUAAUAACUCCUUAUUAAUAUUGCAAUAUACUUGAAGACCAGAUUUUGCAUCUGCAUUCUGCUUCCUACUUUUCUUCUUACCUUUCACAGCUGCAAAUAUCGUUGUCUUACCAAGGCUGGGUUCUUACAGAGGACUUGUACAGUAUACAUUAGAAAUGAGUACGUCCCUGUCCAAUAUCACUUACAUUUCGAAUGAUUCGAAAUUAUGUCACCUCUGAAUGCAUUAUUUGUAUGGUUAAGUGUCAAGUAUUUCCUCUUAUGCCAAAAUAAAAGCUAUUUUACUAUAUGAUUUACUAUAUUAAAAUGCAGGCUGGAACUCAGUGCAACA